GCGUAGAUCCGGGGCCAGGGCGGACGGUCGGCGGCGCGUCACGCACUCCCUAGAGCACGAGAUCCGCAUUCAUCGCCGCUCGGUCGAUUCCAUCAGCCACAACAUGUGGUAUGUGUUGUGUGCUGUCCUUCUAGCCUCGGCUGUCUAUGGAGAGUCAGAAAGCUCGCGUCCGAUUGUCGCUACUGUUGAAGGACAGGUCGAAGGUCUGACCUCCACCAGCGCUGACGGCAACGUCUUCUACAGCUUCAAGGGCCUGCCGUACGCCCAGCCGCCGACUGGAGAGCUGCGGUUCCAGCCUCCGAGGCGUCACCUACCAUGGGCAAACAUCCUCGACGCCUCUGAGCACGGCAGCCAGUGCGCGCAGUUCGACUUCAGAAAGAACGCCACUCGGGUAGGCUCGGAGGACUGUCUGUUCGCCAACAUCUACACACCAUGGCUUCCUGGUAAGGCCGACUCGCCUCGGCGAGGUCUUCCCGUCAUGGUUUACAUCCACGGAGGAGGGUUCUUCUUCGGUGACGGCGAUGCCGAGACCCACGGUCCCGAGUAUCUGAUGGACGAGGAUGUUGUGGUAGUCACCUUCAACUACCGGCUCGGAGUGUUCGGUUUCCUGACGACGCACGACGCGGCAGCUCCUGGCAACUUUGGCUUGCUGGACCAGGUGCUGCUGCUGCAGUGGGUGCAGGACAACAUCGCCGCGUUCGGAGGUGACCCCCAACAGGUGACCAUCUUCGGCGUGUCGGCCGGCGGAGCCAGCGUGUCUCUGCUCGUUCUCAGUCCGCUAGGUAAGGGUCUGUUCCACCAUGCCAUCAGCGAGUCGGGUGCAGCAAUCGCCAGCUUUGCUGCCAGUGGGAAAAAGUCCGACCUCGCCAAAGAAUUCGCCGAGUUCCUCAACUGCACCACCGAUGACCCGGCGAUGAUGGUUGACUGCAUUAGGAAGGCGCCUGAAGAAGACAUCAUGGAUGGCAGCCUGACGCUGAGAGCCUUCAUGAAUGCCUUCCAGCCUCGAGUAGACUCUGAAGCUGAGGUGCCGUUCCUUCCGAAGGACCCCCGGGUCCUUCUGGAGACCGGCGAAUUCAACCUCGUGCCGUGGAUGAACGGCAUCACCGAGGAGGAAGGCUACGCGUUUGUACCACUGAUCAUGACGAACCGUAAGCUCACAAACGGCUUCCUAGCCGGUGCGCCGCAGGCCUGGGCCGGGCUAUCCCAACUCGCCCCUCCGUUCACGCUCGACUGCGGCGCAGACAUGACCAAGGAGCUCGCCAAGAUUAUCGACUUCUACUCCUCUGACGGCAACUUCAGUGUGGCCACCAUCGCGAGAGUCCUCUCUGACCGCAUCUUCGUCAGCUCGACUUCCGAGGAGAUCCGCUUGGCCUCUGCCCACGCCCCCGUCUACAAAUACAUCAUGGAUCAUCGCGGUGAGGGCCGACUGCGCCUCACAGAGCUCGAGCGCCUACCUCUGCCCGACCUCGGCACCACCCACGGCGAGGAGCUGUUGUACAUCUUCGGCACCAACAAGAGGCCCCUCGCGGAGCCGGGAACGCCGGAGCACACCAUGAUUCGCUUCAUGACCACCCUUUGGACCUCCUUCGCGCGGACCGGCCGGCCCAGCUCUGAUGUCCUACCCAUGCCCGACUGGCCCAUAUUCACCGAGGACAGUCAGCGCCACAUGAGGCUCAACUCGCAGCCCGAGAUAGGAGAGAGGCUGUUUGAGGAACGGGUCAACUUCUGGCAGACGGUACCAAUCAACGAACCAUGGAGGCAUGCCGUGCAGACCGAGUGCGAGACGGAGAAGGCGGCGCAGACGGAAACAGGAGGCUACAGUGAGGAGGCGAGCUCGUCAGGCACGGCCGGCGCGCCUCCGCCCGCCUCCCACACGUCUACGUCCGGGUCGGACUGCCUGGAAACCAGCGGCCACCCGUGCCCCGCCAUGGAGCUACUCCUCUGAGCACAUCAUUCGAUGACGGGAGCUCUCUCACGUCCCCACGCCACUCUGAAACCGGCCCCGUGAGGCGACGAACUCGGCGCUCGGGGCGGCGGAACGCGCCGAGUCAUCGUCCCUGGACAAUGGAAGCCAACUGCACCGCCACCGUCCGUCAUUAUUAGUUUCGAAGGCUGUUCGGGAGAAUCGUACAGGUACAGUCACGAUGACGGGACAGAAUCGCGGUGUCUUGAAGCGAAAAACCGGGUCCGAUGAAACUCAAACUGGUUAGGAUUAUGGAAAUAUGAUGGGAUCAGAAACUGUCAGUGAACCAUAAUGACCUCCCGUUUCCAUAUUGUCUGCAAACUGAGGUUAUUGAUCCCAGGGCAAAGCUUUAAUCCCACAAACAUAGGAACUCGGGGAUGCAUUGAACCAGCCAAUUCGACGGCCUAUAAGCCUUUAGCUGCUCUCUGUUCCUACGUGGCAGGGUCUAUUCCUCGUAUAUGGCGCUCUUAUAUAAUUGUUUAGUGUCAAUUUACAGCCAGGAACCGUGAAGGUAUCAGCUCGCUCCACGUCGGCAUGUCAUAAUUGGCAAUUGGCAGCAACGGGAGCUUGCAGCCGUGGAAACUAGAAGAAUUAUUUGAUAAUCUAUCGUCAGGACCGCCUUAUAUCACGCAUCACUAAAGGCACAAGAACUGAAGUGGGCGUACUAUGAACAGAAGCUGGCGUAUGACAGCCGUAGCUGUAUUGUUCGUAAAAUACAUAAACGUUAUUUUAUUGACACCAU